AUGAUCUCCUUAGAUGGGCCAAAACUAGAUGGCGCGAACGACAUUCACGACAUUAUUAUUGAGUGCAAAAGACUCUUUGAGUCACUAGCUGAGCGAGUCAAGCUAGAUCAUGGCGAGAAGGAUGUCAAAACUGAAAAAGGCGAACAAGAAGAUGAACAGAUGGCUUUUGGAGACCGAACUGGUAGCUCAAAGCUAAGCACUGACGAGAUGGAAAGUCGCUUCAACCUCUGGAUCGACGACUCUGGCGCUCUGGCGGCCGACGUCAGCAGAUCUCUCGAUACGCGCCUGUCCGCCCGCCGAAACAUCAAGGAGAUGGUCACUGAUCUACUCCAGAUGCUCGCCAGGAAUCUCAAGUAUCUUCACAAGGGCGACAGUGCCAAUCCGGAUGUUCCAAGAGGCAGUAGCGGCAACAACAGUGACACGGAUGAGUUGGAAGGCGAAGCCAGGCAUGCGAUCCAGUAUGCUCUGGAUGAACUCCACUUCAUGGCGUCUGCCAUCCGUAAGUCAGAAGAAUGCAGUCAGAAGCACAGCCUCUCGUCUAGUUUCCAUCAAAACUAUGACAGCUAUCUCAAAGAGCAGGCCUGUCGCCGCGUCCGGCAAUACUUCAGAGACGCUCCGCGCUCUCUGUGUUAUCAACUCGGGGCGUCUCUGGCCAUACGCUGUAUCAAGCUUCUCCGGAGGGUAUGGCAUGAGGAGAAGCUCAGCACUAGGCGCAACCCAGAUGAGUCCAAACAUCACACGGACGAGGACACGGAACCCUACGUCUGUCUCUCUGAGGACUGCACGUCUCCCAUGCUGUUCUUUGUCAACAUGAACGACUGGAUGAACCACAUGGAAAUGUUCCACUCAAACCAAUGGAACCAUAAGAUACACAUGAAUACCUGGUAUUGUAACAUCGGCCACAAGCCCACAAUCCAAUUCGAUGACCACGAGAGCUUCGUGCGGCACAUGAAAGACCCGGCGAACCACGAGGGCCGUGAACCUCCAACCGAUCGGCAGCUCGAAACGCUCUCCCGCAAUAAGCAAAAGUUCCUCUUCCGCGACGAGUACCGUUGCCCCUUCUGCGAGUGCGUUCCCAGCGCCCUAGAGCCGGUAAUCUUGAACAGUAGCCCCGACGAGAUCCGGCGCCAGCUGUACGAACACAUCGCAGCACACAUCAAGGACCUCGUUAUUAAGUCAAUUCCGACUCUAGACGAGGUUGAGUCUACGCAAUUUGAAAUCGAUAAUGAAGAUCAAACGUGGUUGAGGGGCGACAAUUCGUGGCAUCGUGCCUGA